GUACCUGCAGCAAGUACUCUGGCCAAACAGUGAAUGAAGAGUUCACAGAUAAAAUAGAGGUAAAAAAUGCUUCACAGCAGAGCUGCUCCAUGAUUAUCAGGAACACCACAGAACAGGAUGAAGGCUGCUAUCGCUGCUUGUUCAUCACCUUCCCUGGAGGCUCUCUGGCAGCCACGACCUGCCUCCAAGUCUACGAUGGAUGUUCCAGUUGAACAUGGAUGACUUCCUUCCAGGUGACUCUUGUGUCCAGGACAAACUCACAUAUAUUUGACAAAUAAGGUCAGAAUCUGGUGUGUUUGUCACAACAUCUCCAUGAAAUGUGUUUCCUCUGCAGAGCUGCAUGAACCCGUCCUCCAUGUCGGAGAAUCAGACUCUUCUGCAGAGUCACUUGUGUCGUGUUCAGCCACAGGUCGA